UAUGUGCCUGUGUGUGUGAGUGCGUGUGUCUAUGUCACUGUGUGUGUGUGUGGAGAGGGGGAUGUAUUAAUGGGUGAUCUUAUAAAUGAAAACGGGAGGACUGAACUUAAAAGAAACUGGUCAAUUGCAAAACAAACAGGGAUAAACAACCCUUUAGAUGUAAUUUGUGGUUUAUCUGGAGGUGGAGGUGGCGCUGAAGAGGAACCUCCGCCCCCCAAUAUUUUUUCCUUAGCUGCACCUCCACCCCCAGCAUUUGGAGCGGCUGAGAAGCGGCUCCGGAGUGAUUAAUCCGGGGAUAAUUCACCCCCCCGCCCCCCGGCGCGAACCCCGCGAAGCGGGAUUGGAGCGAGUCAUUUCCGAGAGCGCAGCGCGCCUCUCCCCGGCCGGGCGGACACUUGGUUCAUUCCAGCCGCAGAAGCUCAGGGCUCCCGCGUACCGGGAUUUUUUCCGAGCAGAAAAAAGCUCCAGAGCUCUCCUGACCUCCUUUCUCCUCGGCGGCGAGCGGAGCCUCUCCCUCGGCGCUGCCGGCCGCGCCAUGCCGCGCUCGCGGGGACUGGAGCUGGGGCGCUGCGGUUGCCCCGCGGGGAGGGCUCGCGGCGAAGCCGGGAUUUCGGCGCUCGUGCCGGGCGCCGGGAGCCGCUGGGGCCGCCCGCCGCCGCCAACGCCGCCGCCUCUGCUGCUGCUGCUGGGCUGGGGGCUGCUCAGCGUCUCGGCCGCUGCGGGCCAGAACUGCACGUUCCAACUGCACGGUCCCAAUGGGACAGUUGAGAGCCCAGGGUUCCCAUAUGGCUACCCCAAUUACGCCAACUGCACGUGGACCAUCACCGCGGAAGAGCAGCACAGGAUCCAGCUUGUGUUCCAGUCCUUUGCCCUGGAAGAGGACUUUGAUGUCCUGUCGGUGUUUGAUGGUCCACCCCAGCCGGAGAAUCUGCGUACGAGGCUCACAGGCUUUCAGCUGCCAGCCACCAUUGUUAGUGCAGCCACCACCCUCUCUCUGCGCCUCAUCAGUGACUAUGCAGUCAGUGCCCAAGGCUUCCAUGCCACCUAUGAAGUUCUCCCCAGCCACACAUGUGGGAACCCAGGGAGGCUGCCCAAUGGCAUCCAGCAGGGCUCAACCUUCAACCUCGGUGACAAGGUCCGCUACAGCUGCAACCCUGGCUUCUUCCUGGAGGGCCACGCCGUGCUCACCUGCCACGCUGGCUCUGAGAACAGCGCCACGUGGGACUUCCCCUUGCCUUCCUGCAGAGCUGAUGAUGCCUGUGGUGGGACCCUGCGGGGCCAGAGUGGCAUCAUCUCCAGCCCCCACUUCCCCUCGGAGUACCAUAACAAUGCCGACUGCACAUGGACCAUCCUGGCUGAGCUGGGAGACACCAUCGCCCUGGUCUUUAUUGACUUCCAGCUGGAAGAUGGUUAUGACUUUCUGGAAGUCACUGGGACGGAAGGCUCCUCCCUCUGGUUCACCGGAGCCAGCCUCCCAGCCCCCGUUAUCAGCAGCAAGAACUGGCUGCGACUGCACUUCACAUCGGAUGGCAACCACCGGCAGCGCGGAUUCAGUGCCCAAUACCAAGUCAAGAAGCAAAUUGAGUUGAAGUCUCGAGGUGUGAAGCUGAUGCCCAGCAAAGAUAGCAGCCAGAAGACAUCUGUGUUAACUCAGGUUGGUGUGUCCCAAGGACAUAAUAUGUGUCCAGACCCUGGCAUACCCGAAAGGGGCAAAAGACUAGGCUCGGAUUUCAGGUUAGGAUCCAGCGUCCAGUUCACCUGCAACGAGGGCUAUGACCUGCAAGGGUCCAAGCGGAUCACCUGUAUGAAAGUGAGCGACAUGUUUGCAGCCUGGAGCGACCACAGGCCAGUCUGCCGAGCCCGCAUGUGUGAUGCCCACCUUCGAGGCCCCUCGGGCAUCAUCACCUCCCCCAAUUUCCCCAUUCAGUAUGACAACAACGCACACUGUGUGUGGAUCAUCACAGCACUGAACCCCGCCAAGGUGAUCAAGCUUGCCUUUGAGGAGUUUGAUUUGGAGAGGGGCUAUGACACCCUGACGGUCGGGGAUGGUGGUCAGGAUGGGGACCAGAAGACAGUUCUCUACAUCCUGACAGGUACAUCGGUCCCGGAUCUCAUUGUCAGCACCAAUCAUCAAAUGUGGCUCCUCUUCCAGACUGAUGGCAGUGGCAGCUCCCUGGGAUUCAAGGCUUCUUAUGAAGAGAUCGAGCAGGGCAGUUGCGGUGACCCUGGCAUACCUGCGUAUGGCCGGAGGGAAGGCUCCCGGUUUCGCCACGGUGACACACUCAAGUUUGAGUGCCAGCCCGCCUUCGAGCUGGUGGGACAGAAGGCAAUCACAUGCCAAAAGAAUAACCAAUGGUCGGCUAAGAAGCCAGGCUGCGUGUUCUCCUGCUUCUUCAACUUCACCAGCCCAUCUGGGAUUGUCCUGUCUCCCAACUACCCAGAAGACUACGGCAACCACCUCCACUGUGUCUGGCUUAUCCUGGCCAGGCCUGAGAGCCGCAUCCACCUGGCCUUCAACGACAUUGACGUGGAGCCUCAGUUUGAUUUCCUGGUCAUCAAGGAUGGGGCCACCGCCGAGGCGCCUGUCCUGGGCACCUUCUCAGGAAACCAGCUUCCCUCCUCCAUCACAAGCAGUGGCCACGUGGCCCGUCUCGAGUUCCAGACUGACCACUCCACAGGGAAGAGGGGCUUCAACAUCACCUUUACCACCUUCCGACACAAUGAGUGCCCGGAUCCUGGCGUUCCAGUAAAUGGCAAACGGUUUGGGGACAGCCUCCAGUUGGGCAGCUCCAUCUCCUUCCUCUGUGAUGAAGGCUUCCUUGGGACUCAGGGCUCAGAGACCAUCACCUGUGUCCUGAAGGAGGGCAGUGUGGUCUGGAACAGCGCUGUGCUGCGGUGUGAAGCUCCCUGCGGUGGUCACCUGACUUCGCCCAGCGGCACCAUCCUCUCUCCGGGCUGGCCUGGGUUCUACAAGGAUGCCUUGAGCUGUGCCUGGGUGAUUGAGGCCCAGCCAGGCUACCCCAUCAAAAUCACCUUCGACAGAUUCAAAACCGAGGUCAACUAUGACACCCUGGAAGUACGUGAUGGGCGGACUUACUCAGCACCCUUGAUCGGGGUUUACCAUGGGACCCAGGUUCCCCAGUUCCUCAUCAGCACCAGCAACUACCUCUACCUCCUCUUCUCUACCGACAAGAGUCACUCAGACAUUGGCUUCCAGCUCCGCUAUGAGACUAUAACACUGCAGUCAGACCACUGUCUGGAUCCAGGAAUCCCAGUAAAUGGACAACGUCAUGGGAAUGACUUCUAUGUGGGCGCGCUGGUGACCUUCAGCUGUGACUCAGGCUACACAUUAAGUGACGGGGAACCUCUGGAGUGCGAGCCCAACUUCCAGUGGAGCCGGGCCCUGCCCAGUUGUGAAGCUCUCUGUGGUGGCUUCAUUCAAGGCUCCAGUGGGACCAUCUUGUCGCCAGGGUUCCCUGACUUCUACCCUAACAACUUGAACUGCACCUGGAUCAUCGAAACAUCUCAUGGGAAGGGUGUGUUCUUUACUUUCCACACCUUCCACCUGGAAAGUGGCCAUGACUACCUCCUCAUCACUGAGAACGGCAGCUUCACCCAGCCCCUGAGGCAGCUGACUGGCUCUCGGCUGCCAGCUCCCAUCAGCGCUGGGCUCUAUGGCAACUUCACUGCCCAGGUCCGCUUUAUUUCCGAUUUCUCCAUGUCAUACGAAGGAUUCAACAUCACUUUCUCAGAGUAUGACUUGGAGCCCUGUGAGGAGCCUGAGGUCCCAGCCUACAGCAUCCGGAAGGGCUUGCAGUUUGGUGUGGGCGACACCUUGACCUUCUCCUGCUUCCCCGGGUACCGUCUGGAGGGCACCGCCCGUAUCACGUGCCUGGGGGGCAGACGGCGCCUGUGGAGCUCGCCUCUGCCAAGGUGUGUUGCUGAGUGUGGGAAUUCAGUCACAGGCACUCAGGGUACUUUGCUGUCCCCCAACUUUCCUGUGAACUACAAUAACAAUCACGAAUGCAUCUACUCCAUCCAGACCCAGCCAGGGAAGGGAAUUCAGCUGAAAGCCAGGGCAUUCGAACUCUCCGAAGGAGAUGUCCUCAAGGUUUAUGACGGCAACAACAACUCCGCCCGUUUGCUGGGAGUAUUCAGCCGUUCUGAGAUGAUGGGGGUGACUUUGAACAGCACAUCCAGCAGUCUGUGGCUUGAUUUCAUCACUGAUGCUGAAAACACCAGCAAGGGCUUUGAACUGCAGUUUUCCAGUUUCGAACUCAUCAAAUGUGAGGACCCAGGAACCCCGCAGUUUGGCUACAAGGUUCAUGAUGAAGGUCAUUUUGCAGGGAGCUCCGUGUCCUUCAGCUGUGACCCUGGAUACAGCCUGCGGGGUAGUGAGGAGCUGCUGUGUCUGAGUGGAGAGCGCCGGACCUGGGACCGGCCUCUGCCCACCUGUGUUGCCGAGUGUGGAGGGACAGUAAAAGGAGAGGUGUCGGGGCAGGUGCUGUCACCUGGGUAUCCAGCUCCCUAUGAACACAAUCUCAACUGCAUCUGGACCAUCGAAGCAGAGGCCGGCUGCACCAUUGGGCUGCACUUCCUGGUGUUUGACACAGAGGAGGUUCACGACGUGCUGCGCAUCUGGGAUGGGCCUGUGGAGAGCGGGGUUCUGCUGAAGGAGCUGAGUGGCCCAGCCCUGCCCAAGGACCUGCACAGCACCUUCAACUCGGUCGUCCUGCAGUUCAGCACUGACUUCUUCACCAGCAAGCAGGGCUUUGCCAUUCAAUUCUCAGUGUCCACAGCAACGUCCUGCAAUGACCCUGGGAUCCCGCAGAAUGGGAGCCGGAGUGGUGACAGUUGGGAAGCCGGCGACUCCACGGUGUUCCAAUGUGACCCUGGCUACGCGCUGCAGGGAAGUGCAGAGAUCAGCUGUGUGAAGAUCGAGAACAGGUUCUUCUGGCAGCCCAGCCCGCCAACAUGCAUCGCUCCCUGCGGGGGAGACCUGACAGGACCAUCUGGAGUCAUCCUGUCACCAAAUUACCCAGAACCCUACCCACCAGGGAAGGAGUGUGACUGGAAAGUGACCGUCUCGCCAGACUACGUCAUCGCCCUGGUAUUUAACAUCUUUAACUUGGAGCCUGGCUAUGACUUCCUCCAUAUCUACGACGGACGGGACUCUCUCAGCCCUCUCAUAGGAAGCUUCUAUGGCUCCCAGCUCCCAGGCCGCAUCGAAAGCAGCAGCAACAGCCUCUUCCUCGCCUUCCGCAGCGAUGCAUCUGUGAGCAAUGCUGGCUUCGUCAUUGACUAUACAGAAAACCCGCGGGAGUCAUGUUUUGAUCCUGGUUCCAUCAAGAACGGCACGCGGGUGGGGUCCGACCUGAAGCUGGGCUCCUCUGUCACCUACUACUGCCACGCGGGCUACGAAGUUGAGGGCGCCUCGACCCUGAGCUGCAUCCUGGGGCCUGAUGGGAAGCCCGUGUGGAACAAUCCUCGGCCAGUCUGCACAGCCCCCUGUGGGGGACAGUAUGUGGGUUCGGACGGAGUGGUCUUGUCCCCCAACUACCCCCAGAACUACACCAGUGGACAGAUCUGCUUGUAUUUUGUUACUGUGCCCAAGGACUAUGUGGUGUUUGGCCAGUUCGCCUUCUUUCACACGGCCCUCAACGAUGUGGUGGAGGUUCACGACGGCCACAGCCAGCACUCGCGGCUCCUCAGCUCCCUCUCGGGCUCCCACACAGGAGAAUCAUUGCCCUUGGCCACCUCCAAUCAAGUUCUCAUUAAGUUCAGUGCCAAAGGCCUCGCACCAGCCAGAGGCUUCCACUUUGUCUACCAAGCGGUUCCCCGAACCAGCGCCACGCAGUGCAGCUCUGUGCCGGAACCCCGGUAUGGCAAGAGGCUGGGCAGUGACUUCUCGGUGGGGGCCAUCGUCCGCUUCGAAUGCAACUCCGGCUAUGCCCUGCAGGGGUCGCCAGAGAUCGAGUGCCUCCCUGUGCCUGGGGCCUUGGCCCAGUGGAAUGUCUCAGCGCCCACGUGUGUGGUGCCGUGUGGAGGCAACCUCACGGAGCGCAGGGGCACCAUCCUGUCCCCCGGCUUCCCAGAGCCAUACCUCAACAGCCUCAACUGUGUGUGGAAGAUCGUGGUCCCUGAAGGCGCUGGCAUCCAGAUCCAAGUCAUCAGUUUUGUCACAGAGCAGAACUGGGACUCCCUGGAAGUAUUUGAUGGUGCAGAUAACACUGUAACCAUGCUGGGGAGUUUCUCAGGAACAACUGUGCCUGCCCUUCUGAACAGCACCUCCAACCAGCUCUACCUUCAUUUCUACUCAGAUAUCAGCGUAUCUGCAGCUGGCUUCCACUUGGAAUACAAAACGGUGGGCCUGAGCAGUUGUCCGGAACCUGCUGUGCCCAGUAAUGGGGUGAAGACUGGCGAGCGCUACUUGGUGAAUGAUGUAGUGUCUUUCCAGUGUGAGCCGGGAUAUGCCCUCCAGGGCCACGCCCACAUCUCCUGCAUGCCCGGAACCGUGCGGCGAUGGAACUACCCUCCUCCACUCUGUAUUGCACAGUGUGGGGGAACAGUGGAGGAGAUGGAGGGGGUGAUCCUGAGCCCCGGCUUCCCAGGCAACUACCCCAGUAACAUGGACUGCUCCUGGAAAAUAGCACUGCCCGUGGGCUUUGGAGCUCACAUCCAGUUCCUGAACUUCUCCACCGAGCCCAACCAUGACUACAUCGAAAUCCGGAAUGGCCCCUAUGAGACUAGCCGCAUGAUGGGAAGAUUCAGCGGAAAUGAGCUUCCGAGCUCUCUCCUCUCCACGUCCCACGAGACCACCGUGUAUUUCCACAGCGACCACUCCCAGAACCGGCCAGGAUUCAAGCUGGAGUAUCAGGAUUUGACUUACUCCCACCAGAUUUCUUCCUUCCUGAGAGGUUUUGAUCUCUCGGAGUUGGAAAGAACCAACUCAACUCCGCCCGUCGCCGCUUCCUAUGUCUGGGAACUUGAUCCUGGUUGUGAAGCCUAUGAACUUCAAGAGUGCCCAGACCCAGAGCCCUUUGCCAAUGGCAUUGUGAGGGGAGCUGGCUACAACGUGGGACAAUCAGUGACCUUUGAGUGCCUCCCAGGGUAUCAACUGACUGGACAUCCUGUCCUCACAUGUCAACAUGGCACCAACCGGAACUGGGACUACCCCCUGCCCAAGUGUGAAGUCCCUUGUGGCGGGAACAUCACUUCUUCCAACGGCACUGUGUACUCCCCGGGGUUCCCUAGCCCGUACUCCAGCUCCCAGGACUGUGUCUGGCUGAUCACUGUGCCCAUUGGCCAUGGCGUCCGCCUCAACCUCAGCCUGCUGCAGACAGAGCCCUCUGGAGAUUUCAUCACCAUCUGGGAUGGGCCACAGCAAACAGCACCACGGCUCGGCGUCUUCACCCGGAGCAUGGCCAAGAAAACAGUGCACAGCUCAUCCAACCAGGUCCUGCUCAAGUUCCACCGCGACGCAGCCACAGGGGGAAUCUUCGCCAUAGCUUUCUCCGCUUAUCCACUCACCAAAUGCCCUCCUCCCACCAUCCUCCCCAAUGCCGAAGUCGUCACAGAGAAUGAAGAAUUUAACAUAGGUGACAUCGUACGCUACAGAUGCCUCCCUGGCUUUACCUUAGUGGGGAAUGAAAUUCUGACCUGCAAACUUGGAACCUACCUGCAGUUUGAAGGCCCACCCCCAAUAUGUGAAGUGCACUGCCCAACAAAUGAGCUUCUGACAGACUCCACAGGCGUGAUCCUGAGCCAGAGUUACCCUGGAAGCUAUCCCCAGUUCCAGACCUGCUCUUGGCUGGUGAGAGUGGAGCCUGACUAUAACAUCUCCCUCACAGUGGAGUACUUCCUCAGCGAGAAGCAGUAUGAUGAGUUUGAGAUUUUUGAUGGUCCGUCAGGACAGAGUCCUCUGCUGAAAGCCCUCAGUGGGAAUUACUCAGCUCCCCUGAUUGUCACUAGCACAAGCAACUCUGUGUACCUGCGCUGGUCAUCUGAUCACGCCUACAAUCGGAAGGGCUUUAAGAUUCGCUAUUCAGCCCCUUACUGCAGCCUGCCCAGGGCUCCACUCCAUGGCUUCAUCCUGGGCCAGACCAGCACCCAGCCCGGGGGCUCCAUCCACUUUGGCUGCAACACCGGCUACCGCCUGGUGGGACACAGCAUGGCCAUCUGUACCCGGCACCCCCAGGGCUACCACCUGUGGAGCGAAGCCAUCCCUCUCUGUCAAGCUCUUUCCUGUGGGCUUCCUGAGGCCCCCAAGAAUGGAAUGGUGUUUGGCAAGGAGUACACAGUGGGAACCAAAGCCGUGUACAGCUGCAGUGAAGGCUACCACCUCCAGGCAGGCGCUGAGGCUGCUGCAGAGUGUCUGGACACAGGCCUAUGGAGCAACCACAAUGUCCCCCCACAGUGUGUCCCUGUGACCUGUCCUGAUGUCAGUAGCAUCAGCGUGGAGCACGGCCGAUGGAGGCUUAUCUUUGAGACACAGUAUCAGUUCCAGGCCCAGCUGAUGCUCAUCUGUGACCCUGGCUACUACUAUACUGGCCAAAGGGUCAUCCGCUGUCAGGCCAAUGGCAAAUGGAGUCUCGGGGACUCUACGCCCACCUGCCAAAUCAUCUCCUGUGGAGAGCUCCCAGUUCCCCCCAAUGGCCACCGCAUCGGAACACUGUCUGUCUACGGGGCAACAGCCAUCUUCUCCUGCAAUUCCGGAUAUACGCUGGUGGGCUCCAGGGUGCGUGAGUGCAUGGCCAAUGGGCUCUGGAGUGGCUCUGAAGUCCGCUGCCUUGCUGGACACUGUGGGACUCCUGAGCCCAUCGUCAACGGACACAUCAAUGGGGAGAACUACAGCUACCGGGGCAGUGUGGUGUACCAGUGCAAUGCUGGCUUCCGCCUGAUCGGCAUGUCUGUGCGCAUCUGCCAGCAGGAUCAUCACUGGUCGGGCAAGACCCCUUUCUGUGUGCCAAUUACCUGUGGACACCCAGGCAACCCUGUCAACGGCCUCACUCAGGGCAACCAGUUUAACCUCAAUGAUGUGGUCAAGUUUGUUUGCAACCCUGGGUAUAUGGCUGAAGGGGCUGCUCGGUCCCAAUGCCUGGCCAGCGGGCAAUGGAGUGACAUGCUGCCCACCUGCAGAAUCAUCAACUGUACAGAUCCUGGACACCAAGAAAACAGUGUUCGUCAGGUCCACGCCAGCGGCCCACACAGGUUCAGCUUCAGCACCACUGUGUCUUACCAGUGCAACCACGGCUUCUACGUCCUGGGCACCCCAGUGCUCAGCUGCCAGGGAGAUGGCACAUGGGACCGUCCCCGCCCCCAGUGUCUCUUGGUGUCCUGUGGCCAUCCGGGCUCCCCACCUCACUCCCAGAUGUCCGGAGACAGCUAUACUGUGGGAGCAGUGGUGCGGUACAGCUGCACUGGCAAGCGAACUCUGGUGGGAAAUAGCACCCGCAUGUGUGGGCUGGAUGGACACUGGACUGGCUCCCUCCCUCACUGCUCAGGAACUAGCAUGGGAGUUUGCGGUGACCCUGGGAUCCCGGCUCAUGGCAUCCGUUUGGGGGACAGCUUUGAUCCAGGCAGUGUGAUGCGCUUCAGCUGUGAAGCUGGCCACGUGCUCCGGGGAUCAUCAGAGCGCACCUGUCAAGCCAACGGCUCGUGGAGCGGCUCGCAGCCUGAGUGUGGAGUGAUCUCUUGUGGGAACCCUGGGACUCCAAGUAAUGCCCGAGUCGUGUUCAGUGAUGGCCUGGUUUUCUCCAGCUCUAUCGUCUAUGAGUGUCGGGAAGGAUACUACGCCACAGGCCUGCUCAGCCGUCACUGCUCAGUCAAUGGUACCUGGACAGGCAGUGACCCUGAGUGUCUCGUCAUAAACUGUGGUGACCCUGGGAUUCCAGCCAAUGGCCUUCGACUGGGCAAUGACUUCAGGUACAACAAAACUGUGACAUAUCAGUGUGUCCCUGGCUAUAUGAUGGAGUCACAUAGAGUAUCUGUGCUGAACUGCACCAAGGACCGGACAUGGAAUGGAACCAAGCCUGUCUGCAAAGCUCUCAUGUGCAAGCCGCCUCCGCUCAUCCCCAAUGGGAAGGUGGUGGGGUCUGACUUCAUGUGGGGCUCAAGUGUGACUUAUGCCUGCCUGGAGGGGUACCAGCUCUCCCUGCCCGCGGUGCUCACCUGUGAGGGAAAUGGGUCCUGGACCGGAGAGCUACCUCAGUGUUUCCCUGUGUUCUGCGGGGAUCCUGGUGUCCCACCCCGUGGUAGAAGAGAGGACCGAGGCUUCUCCUACAGGUCAUCUGUCUCCUUCUCCUGCCACCCCCCUCUGGUGCUGGUGGGUUCUCCACGCAGGUUUUGCCAGUCAGAUGGGACGUGGAGUGGCACCCAGCCCAGCUGCAUAGAUCCAACCCUGACCACGUGUGCAGACCCUGGCGUGCCACAGUUUGGGAUACAGAACAAUUCUCAGGGCUACCAGGUUGGAAGCACAGUCCUCUUCCGCUGUCAAAAGGGCUACCUGCUUCAGGGCUCCACCACCAGGACCUGCCUCCCAAACCUGACCUGGAGUGGAACCCCGCCUGACUGUGUCCCCCACCACUGCAGGCAGCCAGAAACGCCAACGCAUGCCAACGUCGGGGCCCUGGACUUGCCCUCCAUGGGCUACACGCUCAUCUACUCCUGCCAGGAGGGCUUCUCCCUCAAGGGUGGCUCCGAGCACCGCACCUGCAAGGCGGAUGGCAGCUGGACAGGCAAGCCGCCCAUCUGCCUGGAGGUCCGGCCCAGUGGGAGACCCAUCAACACUGCCCGGGAGCCACCGCUCACCCAAGCCUUGAUUCCUGGGGAUGUUUUUGCCAAGAAUUCCCUGUGGAAAGGGGCCUAUGAAUAUCAGGGGAAGAAGCAGCCAGCCAUGCUCAGAGUGACUGGCUUCCAAGUUGCCAACAGCAAGGUCAAUGCCACCAUGAUUGACCACAGUGGCGUGGAGCUGCACUUGGCUGGAACUUACAAGAAAGAAGAUUUUCAUCUCCUACUCCAGGUGUACCAGAUUACAGGGCCAGUGGAGAUCUUUGUGAAUAAGUUCAGAGAUGAUCACUGGGCUUUAGAUGGACACGUCUCGUCAGAGUCCUCCGGGGGCACCUUCAUCUACCAAGGCUCCGUCAAGGGCCAAGGCUUUGGGCAGUUCGGCUUUCAAAGACUGGACCUCAGGCUGCUGGAGUCAGACCCCGAGUCCAUCGGUCGCCACUUUGCUUCCAACAGCAGCUCGGUGGCAGCCGCGAUCCUGGUGCCUUUCAUCGCCCUCAUCAUUGCAGGCUUCGUGCUCUAUCUCUACAAGCACAGGAGAAGACCCAAAGUUCCCUUCAAUGGCUACGCUGGCCACGAGAACACCAAUGUUCGGGCCACGUUUGAGAACCCAAUGUACGACCGCAACAUCCAGCCCACAGACAUCAUGGCCAGCGAGGCAGAGUUCACAGUCAGCACAGUAUGUACAGCGGUAUAGCCACCCGGCCUGGCUGCCACCACCGCCACCGAGAGCCCCGCCUCCAGCAGCCGUUCCCCAGGGGGCAGGAAGUAGGCUCCCCUGAGCACAGUGCCCAGUGCCCAUCUUCGUUCGUCUCUCUGCCUGUGUCUGCUACUGCUGGGACUCGGACCCUCGCCCUGCCGCCAUCUAUGCCUGUCACCCUGGAGAGGACUCCUGCCGUGUCCUGAAAAGGCAGAAAAGGAAGAGGGGUUGCAGAUGGAGGAAGAAAGUUUAUGGAUUUAAAAUAGCAAAGCAACUUGUGGAUGUGUGUGUGUGUGUGUGUGUGUAUGGGCCUGACUACAUACACACACACACACCGCUCCUCCAUUCACGUCCUCCGGAAGAGACCAUAAAGGCUUCAAAAAUAGAAGUGCUCAUGAAGGAUGCUUCAUGCCCUGUUACCCGCACACAGAGAAGAGAUGAAGACGGGGAGGUACGGUCAGCUUUCAAACCAAUAUGCCCCCCGCCCAUCCCAUGUGUGAGGACACGGUGACUCAGUGACUGUAAGAGUGGGACACAUCCCAUGGUGUGGUCAGCGUGCAGAAACCAGCUGUCUGCUGAUGGACGGCCCCAACUGCACAGUGGCAGCAAGGAUUACCCCAAGGGCAGGAAAAAAGUCUUUGGAAAUAGAUUGAAAAUCAGUUUAUUUUUUUCCAAACACAAUUUUAUUGAGUUCUAAACCCAGUGGAUUAAAAAGUCGUUUGGGUCCUGGGAAGCACUGGGAAAGAAGGGAGAACCGGGGAGGAUAGGGCAAGAGUCUGGCUGGGAGCCCAAGGUCAAGUCUGGCUGUCAACUGAGAAAGAGAAGAGAAGACAAGUCUGUGGCCCAGAAAGGAUGCCAGGUCUGGGGACAGCAGCAGGGUUCUUGAGAGAACAGGGGAGCAAGCCUGCCCUGGUACCCAAAAAACAAUGGCUAUCAUGUACUGCAUUUAUUCUCUGUGCCUGACACUUUACCUAUAGUAUUUCUAGUCUGCACAAUAACACCAAAACGUAGGAUUUAUUAUUUCCCUUUGACAGAUGAGAAAACAGAAGCCUGGAAAGGUAAAGACAUGUGGGCCACAGAGUUAGGAAGUGUGGAGUCAGAAUGCAAACCCAGAUCAGUCCGCCCCAAAGUCCACUACACCAGCUGCCGGAAACCCCGGUCUAGAAGGGGCAGCUAAGAAGGGAGGAGCCGAUGAAUCUCUACGGUAGCACUGUGGCCAGGUCUGGAAAGCCAGACAAGACACCUGUGUGUCCUAUCUGGGUUCUGCUGUCUCCGCGUAGGCAGCCUCGGGGCAAGGACUCAGCUCCCCAGGCCUCCUGCGGUUGGUGCUGGCUCCUUGGCUCCCAGCAGCCGCUGACCAUAGCCAAUAAAAGUCCUGGCAGGUCCUGAAUCAAAACAACGGAGUGGCUGAAAGUCACACUCUCCAGCUCCUUGCAAGUGGGUUUGAUUUAUUUUCACAGCUAUAUUAUGCUUGGGUCAUUCAUGAAUUCCAUAAGCAUUGUUUGGAAGUUCAAGAGUUUAGGAAUCAAAGUAUAGCAUUUAGAGCCACUUUCUCUGUCCUCAGGAAGGCCCCCACAAGCUUAAGCCCCUGUACAUGUGUGAUAUGCUGGCCUCAGAGGUUCAUAUCACAUAUUGAAAUAACAAAUAGAAAUGUGCAGGAGCAGAGGGACAGCGACACCUGGUUCUUAAGCAAAUUCUAGGUUGGAACAAUUAGAAGAUCUGACUGACGUUAAGAGUAAAGUGAGAGGCGUCCGUUUCCAGCAGCCACAAUGGAGGCUGACAGAGGCAGGAGCCUACCCCUGGCCGCACCACCUCUGGGACACGGCACCCUGGGCUUGGAGGGAGACGGCCAAUCCAGACACACUCACACUCUCAUCUCUUUCCUUGGCUGGAAACAAGUGCAGGAAGCUCCCCUCCUGAUUUCUUACACUCCCUUCCCCCCGACGCUCCUCUCCUUUGACUGCUCCCUUCCCCUUUCUUAUGCCCCUCUCAGACCACCCAGCGGACGCCUCUUCCCGCCCCCCCAUCCCUCCCCUGCGUCUCCUUGUAAAGUUCCAUGAGAUGCUCGGGGAGCACCUGCUGGUGGGGCACCCAGCACUCCGCUGGGCAUCACCCUCCACACCCCUGGCAUUUCUCUCCACCUCCAGAGGCUUGGAAAGGAACAGGGCAGGUGAGGCCCUUCACCCACCAUCUACGCCAUAUACCCAUCACCAUCCCAUGAGGAAAAAAAAAAGUAAAACAAAAACAAAAAAAAUCUUUUGUACAGAGAUAUAUUUUUAUUAUACAAAGUUUGUACAGUACCAAAAAAAAAAAAAAAGGUGUAAAUUUUUUUUCAUUAUUGUAGGUAAACGGUAGUGGAAGCCUUUUUUGUAAAUGUAACAAAAUGUAUAAAUAUGGUUUUCAGAAAACAUCCAGUGCUGUAAAUAUGUAAUCUACACACCUUCUUGGCUUGUCUGCAGUAUAUACAUUUAAUUUAUCUGUCUCUGUAUAUGAGGCUUCCCCCUGGGGUCCUGCAUUAUGGUACUUUCCUGAAUUUGAAAGCAAUUUUAAAUUUUUUGAAUUCAAAUAAAAUAUAAAUUUUUGCAUUG